UUCCUCCAUACCACAAGACCUUCACACAGCAAUUUUGAGGUGCGAUGUUUGUUGCACCUGUUGAUGAAAAUUUGCUUGGUCAUGUGCGAGAUGAUAGGGUGAUAUCAUAUAGUGAGUAGAAUGUCAGUCAAGUGUUAGUGAGUCACAGAUUACCGCCUCUACCUGGACACCAGACCAUGGCACGUACUAGGUAGUGGUGACCUCUGGUGCCAAGAUGUGGUGGUGGCAGAUGGCGCCACAGGAGACGGUGGUACACUGGCCCCAUUGCACACGGAGGGCCACAUCACAUAUAAACACACGGGCCGUCGUGGCCCACCUGUCUCACAUUGCUUGUGUUUUAAACCUUCACUACGGGUCUCACGCUCUUGCAGAAGAUCCUCCAGAUCCUCAAGUCUUCAGGAGGACCUCUGCAGCCCCCAGACUCGAGAUGUGAGGAUCGUUCUGGAGUAUUUGAACUAACACCAGGGGCGUCUUGGGCUUUCUGGGAGGCCCUAACCACACAGGGACGCAGUGGGUACCCCACCAGAGAAUUACCUCUGUCUCGCUCAGCUUCAACUGAUAGUGUGCCCCGAGGUCCCCAGGAGAACAUAAGGACUUCUAGAUCCUUUUCCAGCAGUCCUGUGUUUCGUCGUUGUGUGUGGGCCUCUCCCGUUGUGUUAGAGACGCAGGAGGCCGCCUCGGCUAUACAGUCCGGUCGUCGAAGUUCUCCGCCUUGUCUCGUGAACUAUCUUGAGGAUAACACUGAACGCUCACCUUCACCAACAGUGCCCACAUUACCUGUCAGCGAACCUUUGUCUUGCUUAAGGUUUUGCCCUUCGCGAGAAAUGAUUCAACCAUCCGCCAAGUUGUCAAGAGUGAGCUUCGACAUGCAGCAGAGACCGAAUUCUGAGAGUGAACGGUACGCUGAGAUACCAGGCUCUUCGCCUUCCCCACCCGACUCAGACACCUGCACACCCACGGGGCGUCACUCGCCCACGGGCUACCAGACCUCGGCCCCGUCUUCGCCCGAGGGCUCUCCUAGACCUCGCAGAAAGUGCCGACCUUCUCAUACCUCCCGCAGGGAAGAGGCAGACGCUAAAGAGAAGAUGGUAGAGGCCAGUGGCAGAGACAGGGGCAAGGGCAAGAUGUGGCGGCCAAGGCAAGUAGUAUCCACGCAGCAUACUGUCCCGCCAUGGGCGGAACCAAAUGCCCAGCCACCCCCACCUCCCUCACAGCUCUACGCCAACAUAUCUCCCCCUGCCUCCCGCAGGUCUGUCAUAAAACCCGCUUCGCCCCUCUCCUCCGCCACAGAGGUAGACCCGACGCCCAUACACUUCAACCGGCCGGUGCCCGGGGCCAGCCCAGUCAUGGUUCGCAGGUCUCUCUUCCGCUCCAGCGAUGGCCCAGCCAGAGCUAGAUCCGUAGACUCCAUCACUAGAGGGGCACCCUGGGCCCAGCAUACCCUUAGAGCCACUCCCAGGACAGACUCGCCGUCCCGAGCCCCUCCUGCGUCCGAUGCACCGUCCUGGGCCACCACUAGGAUGACAUCCCCGUCCCGGACCCCGCCUGCCUCCGAAUCGCCCCAGGCCCCGCCUGCAUCUGAACUAUCCCGGGCCCCGCCUGCGUCUGAACCGUCCCGGGCCACGCCUGUAUCCGAACCGCCCCGUGCCUCAACGAGAAAAACCUCAGCUGCACAGCAGACACCAAAAACUAGCUCAACACCACAAGCUACUCCAGGUGCUGCACCCCCCCAGCAGGCAGCCAAGAGAGAUGGACCACAGGCUGCCCCUGCAAUCACUGCCUCAGUAAUACCCAGUAGCUUGUCGUCGUCUACGACCACAGUAAUGUCGUCGUCAUCGUUUAGACAAGAAAUGUCGCUAAGUGAGAGGACAGUGGUGUCGCGUCAGCAGGUAGUGACACAGGCAUGUGACUCAACAGUCACUCAGGGCAUACCCAGAGAACCUUCGGGGGUCGGUGGCGGGGGGCGGAGCCCAGGGAACGCCCCUGUAGGCAGCCCAGGUCGGGGAACGCCCCGCUCUGGUGACCCCUCUGACCUGAUGUAUCCACACCCACACGGCGUGUCAGAGACAUCCCAGCAGCAGCUGAGCAUGAAGAUGAGUGCCAAGGCGGGUAGCGAGGGCCAGGUCCUCCCUGACAAGUUACCGCAGGAGCAAAGUUCCCCUACACCGUGGCGUAAAGCUGCUGUCAAGCAAGUAUCUGCUGCCAGUGUCUCUACUUCUCACCAACAAGUACAACACAAGAGUGAGACCAGUGCUGAUCCCACCACGCUCACGCCUACUCACAGGCACGACCAAGAGCCUCAACAGGCACCCUGGAGGAAGACAACACCUGCGCGGGAGCAGCAGAUGGCUGGACCGCUGGAUGCACCUGCAGCUGUGUCUCCCGUUAUCCAGGGAACACUCAAGUCGCAAGUGACUCGGAGGAGUAACGUCAAAGAGAAGAUUGAAACGCUGACCAGCAGCGGUGCUCAAGUCAGCAGCUGUUCUCAGGCAGCUGAACCCCAACCAGGCUGGCGCAGACACCAGCACAAAAGCCACCCACAACAAACUUCCUCCACGACCUCUCACAUUUCUGCUGCUGCUGCUCCAUCCAGUCAGCCUCCUACUGAUGCUGCUGCUCUAUCCAGUCAGCCUCCUACUGAUGCUGCUGCUCCAUCCAGUCAGCCUCCUACUGAUGCUGCUGCUCAACAACCCACUGACAAACCUUUCUCCAGUUCAGCAGCAGCUGUAAAAAUAUCCACUUCUGCAGACGAACUAUCUGCUCUUACACCUGCAACCAAACCAGCCACACCUAUAGCAACUAAUGCAACCAAGCCUUCUAUACCUGCUUCAACUCCUGCAACCAAGUCUGUCUUACCUGGAUCCACUCCUGCAACCAAGCCUGCAACACCUGCCCCCACUCUUGCAACAAAACCAACUUCUCCCGCCUCUACUGAAAUUAAGCCUGGUCCAUCUGCCUCUGCCGCAAUCAAGCCUGUCUCUGCUGCAAUCAAGCCUGCCACACCUGCCUCUUCUGCAACCAAGCCUGCCACACCAGCAUCUACUGCAACCAAGCCUGCCUCUACUGCAUCCAAGCCUGCCACACCUGCAUCUACUGUAACCAAGCUUGCCACACCUGCCCUUACUGCAACUAAGCCUGCCGCAAUUGUCCCUUCUGAAGCUAAGCCUGCCACACCUGUCCCUACUCCUGAAGCCAAGCCUACCACACCUAUCCUUGCUCCAACAAAACCAAUUACACCUAUAAGCAAGCCAGCCACACCUUUCCCUACUGCUGUAAGCAAGCCUGUCACACCUGUCCCGACUGUUGCAAGCAAGCCUGUCACACCUAUUCCUACUGCUACAAGCAAGCCUGUCACACCUGUCCCUACUACUGCAAGCAAGCCUGUCACACCUGUCCCUACUACUGCAAGCAAGCCUGUCACACCUGUCCCUACUUCUAUAAGCAAGCCUGUUGCAUCUGCCCCUGCCUUUACGAAACAACCUGUAUCAUUGCUUGUAUCAAGUGAUUCUGUCUCAGUAACUAGUGUGACCGCAGUUGCUGGUUCAGUAACGCAGAGUGUGAGAGGUGAGGGGGCAGCAGACGCAGCACCAGGGUCGCCUGCCCGGAAUGGCGCCGCGGUGAGCCCAGGUGUUAUAGGAAGUGAGGGUAGAGUUUGUGUGGGCACCAGUCCACCGCUGGCUUCGCCCCUUCUCACUGCCGCCCACACGCAUUCGCCCACACCACCCCUUCCACCCAAGCAAGCUGUCGUAGUCGGCGGCCCGCCAGUGCCACAAGCUCCCAAACCUGCAGCUUCCGUCACCACUCAGCCAUCUUCGCCUACACACCCCACUCUGCUUACGACAACUACUUCAGUCUCUGCAUCUGCUUCUGCAUUGUCACCACCUGCAGCACCAGCAGCAGCAGAAGCCACCACACUACCAGCAGUGACCGUAGUGGUGUCAGCAGGUGUCACCGAGGAAUCACGCGCAAUGCCAAUCCCAACACCACCGCCGGCACCCGAUGCUAAACUCUUGAAAGGUGGUGGCCGGAUACCCAUCACGACAGGUGGUGCUCAAACUCCAGAGAUCAGCCCAGUUCUUGCAAGGAAAGAUACAACCGAGGCUAGUCCAUCAGAACUCCCGAAGGAGCCAGUUGCAGCGGCAAUGAAACCCCCGGAAACAAUGAGGCCUCCACAGCCUGAGUUUCCGCCUCCUCCUCCAGUGGAUCAGAUUGAAAUGACUCCAGAAUAUGGUGACUUCGGCUCAGGGCUUCCGCCGCCUCCAGGUUUUACACAAGAGAUAAGAGCAGUAAUGCCCUCAGGCUUCACGACGCGCCUGCAGUGUGUAUCUGAGCAAGAAGGGGAGAAUAUUCCCUCGCCAGAAUACGUGCGUGAGUCAGUUACAAAACGCAUUAAGGCUUUCGAAAAACAGGCGUCCAAAGAAGAAGAACCUCUUGCAGUGGAGCGUCCGAUUCUUGCUGCACGACCUGUGGCUCCGUGGGUGAAGCGUACCUCAGCGGGGCCGGUCCAACAGGAGCGCUACUGGGACAUGACCUCACCCGAAUCCGAGCAACCCGAGGUCACCUGGACACCAUCGCCACCACCACACAAGGAAAUUGAAAGAACGAAAUCACCUUCGAGAUCUGCUUCGCCCAGGGAACCUCAGCAGGCAGGCACCACACCACUUGCCCCUCCUACGCCUAUUCUUACCGUUGCCUCGCCUAGGUCUAAGAUCGCAUCUUUGCCAGCCUCUGUCACAUCUUGCAAGGUCAUACCGCCCCGCCCACAGCUCAUUCACCGUCAGAGGUCAGCCUCUACUGGCGACUACUACGCCCAGUACGUCACCCCCGACGACUCACGCCUGGUCAGGAUGCCAGUAGAAGGUGACACGACUCGCUCAUCCUCAAGUGCCGGUGUGUCUUCUACUCCAGCCAAAGAUGAUGCUCUAUUUGACCCCUGGUGUGAUCCUAAAAAUCCCAAACCCAUAACCUUUCAGGAUGUGAGCGCUGCUGCUUUUAAGAUCAAGUCUGGUGUUAUGAACACACCUUGCACAAAGUCUCACAUGUCCAGUUUCACCAACAUGGAGAUAUUCUUCAAGAAAGAGUUCAACCAGUAUACUGGCAGCUUCAAGGAACGUGGUGCAAGAUACACGUUAUUGAUGUUGCCAGAGGAUCAGCAAAAGAGGGGUGUUAUUGCUGCAUCAGCAGGCAACCAUGCACUUGCUCUUUGCUACCAUGGACAGGAACUGCAAAUCCCAGUCACAGUGGUGAUGCCCUUGGUAGCACCUAUCAUGAAGGUACAGGCAUGCAGGCAGUAUGGUGCCAAUGUCAUUGUUAAGGGGAAUGACAUUGGUGAGUGCCGAGAGUAUGCCCUCAGGUUGGCCAAGGAGCAGGGUCUUCUCUAUGUUAAUGGAUAUGACCAUCCACACAUCCUGGCAGGUCAGGGCACCAUGGGACUGGAGAUAGUAGAGCAAGUACCCAAGAUUGAUGCUGUGGUUAUCCCAGUUGGUGGGGGUGGCCUCAUUGCAGGUGUUGCACUAGCUGUCAAGGCCCUCUACCCACACAUCCAAGUCAUUGGAGUGGAAUCAGAGCGGUGUGCCAGCUUUAGUGCUGCCAUGAAGGCUGGAAAACCUGUAUAUGUGAAGGCUGAGUCUACUUUGGCUGACGGUCUAGCUGUCCCCAUGGUUGGUGUCAAUGCCUUUGCUACAGCAUCCCGUCUUGUUGAUAAGAUAGUUACAGUAAGAGAAGAAUGGAUAGCCAUUUCCAUCUUACGCUUAGUGGAAUGCGAGAAGGCAGUGGUUGAAGGUGCUGGAGCCACAGCUCUGGCUGCCAUCCUUGCUGGGGAGCUACCAGAACUCAAAGGCAAGAG